AUGGUUAUUCCUCUCUCCCUUCCAGGUUUUCCUGCUCACGACUCUGCCCUUACAGAAAAGAGAAACACCAGAAAACACCAAAAGAAGAACACAAAGAUGUUAGACAACCUACCAUCAGCCAGGUCCCAGGAGUUGGUGACCUUCAAGGAUCUGGUUGUGGACUUCAGCCCAGAGGAAUUAAGCUACCUUAGUGCUGUUCAGAGGAACCUCUACCGGGAGGUGACACUGGAGAACUACAGGAACCUGGUCUCUGUAGGGCAUCAGUUCUCUAAACCUGACAUCAUAUUACUCCUGGAAGAGCAGGAGUCAUGCGUGAUGGAGGAAGACAGUAACACAGUGAUAAGUCAGGGCAAAUCUUCUCCUGAUGACCUGUCGGAAUCACACCAGGGCAACCAGGAGAAACUUCUGCAUCCUGUAACAAUGAGUGACCCUAAGACCCUUGCUUAGGAAAGAAGUCAUGGUAGUGAUGAAUUUGAGGAAAGCUCUAAUCUUACUGAGCAACCAGAAAGUCCUCUAGGAAAAGAUCAAGAAUGUAUUACUCCUGGAAUGUAUACCAGUCCUUAGCCAGUACACAAUGAGCCUUUUCUCCAAGAUACCAAACACAACAGAUGCAAAUUUUGCAAAAGAACCUUUAGCACCCAAAUGGCCCUAGGAAGACAUGAGCAGAUCCAUACUGGGAAGAAACACUUCAAAUGUAAACAAUAUAGUGAAAUCUUCUAUCUCAUGCCACACCUCCCGAGACAUCGGAGCACUUAUUCUGGUAAGAAGCUCUCUGGAUGCAAGGAAGGUGGAAAGUCUUUGAUCCAGCGUGCAAUUCUCUGUGGGCAUGUAAGAAUUCAUAGUCAGGAGGACUGCUAUGAAUGUUCUCAGUGUGACAAAGCCUUUAUUCAGGAUGUGCAUUCUUUUCAACAUCUCAAAGACCAUCAGGCAGCAAGAGCCCUUCCCCCUAGGUUGCCACGCAACAAGACAUAUUUAAUUAGCUAUCAGCGGAAACAUGACCAUGUUGGAGAGAGAGCCUGCCAGUGUUGCGACUGUGGCAAAACCUUCAGUCAGAGGUCACAUCUCAUUCAGCAUUAUUGGAUUCAUGCUCAAGAGAGGCCUUACCAGUGUCAGCUGUGUGGGAAAUUUUUCAGCCUACCCUCAUACCUCACUCAACAUUAUCAACUCCAUGCUCAAGAGAAACCCGUUGAGUGCAAUUACUGUUGA